UCUUCAAUAAAAAAGGAUCAAAUGGAUCAGUUUGAAUCUGCAAGAGCUGAAAUGGGUAAAGUGAAAGAAGAAAAUGAAAUAUUGAAGAUGACUCUAUUGAAAAAUAUGAAGGAAUAUCAAUCUCUCCAAAUGUAUCUCAAGAACAUGGUUCAGCAAGAAGAAGCCAAGAUACUUGCAGAUACAGCUCCUACCAAUCAAGAAAUUGAUGAGCAGGAAAUUUCACUUAGUCUUGGAAGGAUUUCAAGUGAGCCCAUAAAGGAGAAGAGCAGCAACUCCAACAAGUUUGAAGGAUCUUCUAAAACAAGACCUGAAACUAGCUUUGAAGAACAGAAGAAAGAGGAAGCAGGAGAAACAUGGUCACCCAAUAAAAUUCUCAAUAUUAUGAGAAGUGAAGAUGAUGAUGAUGAAGUUUCAAUACAGACCCAAAUGAAGAAAGUUAGGGUUUGUGUGAGAGCAAGAUGUGAUACCCCCACGAUGAUUGAUGGCUGCCAAUGGAGGAAAUACGGGCAGAAAAUUGCGAAAGGCAAUCCAUGCCCUAGGGCAUACUACAGAUGCACAGUUGCUCCUGCAUGCCCAGUAAGAAAACGGGUCCAAAGAUGUGCAGAGGACAUGUCUCUCUUGAUCACCACCUACGAAGGAAACCACAAUCACCCCUUAUCAGUUUCAGCUACAGCCAUGGCUUCCACCACAUCUGCAGCUGCUUCCAUGCUCAUGUCUGGUUCGACGAACUCUGAAUCAGCACUUCGCAUAUCAACUACCAACACUUCCUCUACUGAUCUCCAUAGUCUAAACUUAUCAAAACAGUUCUACCUACCAAACUCCUCAAUCUCAUCUUCACUCUCAUUCCCAACCAUUAAUCUUGACCUAACUGUACCACCAUCCUCUUCAUCCUCAUCAUCUUCCCAAUUCAAUAGGUUAAAUACAAACUUCCAUUCCACCUCAAGAUACCCAACAAGUUUCAAUUUUUCUUCCUUAGAAUCCAAUGCCCUACCAACAUCUUGGGGCAAUGGGCACCUGAGCUAUGGCACUCAGUCCUACAAUAAAAGCCAUAUUGGAUCAUUAACUCUUGGAAAGCAACCUCAAGAACAUUUCUAUCAACCUUAUUUGCAAAAGAACAUCCCAACUCCUCCACAACCACCCAUGUCUGAAACUAUUGCGGCCGCAGCCAAGGCCAUCACAUCGGACCCAAGCUUCAGAUCAGUUCUAGAGAGAAUUUUGGGUAGAAUUUGA